AUGAGCUCCCUCCUGGGCCCGCUGCCCGCCCUCAACCUCGAGCCGCUGUGGUCCAAGAUGGACCGCAUGGUGCCCGCGCUGCCUGAGCCCAAGGCCCGGCCGCACCAGUGGAAGUACGCAGAGUGCUACCCGCACCUGCUCAAGGCCGGCCGCAUGGUCGCCGCCGAGGACGCCGAGCGGCGGGUGCUGAUGCUCGUCAACCCGGCCCUCGAGAGCCCCUUCACCACCGACACCAUCUACGGCGGCCUCCAGCUCGUCAACCCGGGCGAGACGGCCCCGGCCCACCGGCACAUUGCCUUUGCCUUCCGCUUCAUCAUCGACGGCGAGGGCUUCACCGCCGUCGAGGGCAAGCGCAUGACCCUCCGGCGCGGCGACUUUGUCGUCACCCCGACCUGGCACUGGCACGACCACGGCAACGAGUCGGACGCGCCCGUCGUCUGGCUCGACGCCCUCAACCUCCCCGUCUUUACUUUCCUCCGGGUGCACUUUGCCGAGGGCUACCACGACCCCCGGUACCCCAGCGAGCCCGCGGACCCGUGUGAGUGGCGCUUCCCCUGGGACGAGGUCGAGACGGCCCUCAACGCGACGGCCGGCACCAAGAACCACGCCGUGCACCACUACGUCAGCAGCCGGACGGGCAAGCCGCUGUCGGCGACGCUGGGCGCGCAGGCCGAGCGGAUAGCAGCGGGCAGCAGCAGCGAGGCGUCCCAGUCGCAAUGCUCCUUCAUGUACCACGUCUACGAGGGUAAAGGCCGCUCGACCAUCACGACGCCCGCGACGGGUGAGACAGUCGAGUACAGCUGGCAGGCCAGGGACACGUUCGUCGUCCCGGCAUGGGCCAAGGUGCAGCACUUCAACGACAGCGAGGAGGAGCCCGCGUACUUGGUGGCCGUCCACGACCGACCCAUGUUGGAGAACCUGGGCCUGAUCAAGCCAGGCUUGUGA